AGGCUGUAUGGUUUAAUACUUCCGGUUGUUUGGUAUGUGAUAGUUGACAGCCUGAUCAUUGUGCUGAUAGUUUCUGACCUAUUUCUAUAGCCAUGGGUAGUAAACUCGAAAAUCUAAAGAAGGACAAAACAAAGUUACUUACACUUGGAGUAUUUGUAACAGAUGUUGUGAUUUUGAUCAUCGUUUUGAUCAUCUUAUGGGUAAUGCCUGAACCUAGAACCCCAGGAGAAGAAUGUGGGUAUAUGUGCCUCCCUUGUCCUAAAAGAGAAAGUCAAGUAUGUUGUGGAUGUAGGGCUGAAAGGCUGAAUGAGUAUUUAGAAGAGAAUUUCGACAAGUCCUACGCUGAGGUUGAUAUGGACUAUACAAGAAUCUAUAAUACAAGAAUUGCCAAAAUUUACGGAGGAUAUAUUGGCGAUGUUAAACCCGUGGCUCACAUGAUAGGAGAAAUGAGAGAACCAUCGGAAGAUAUGAAGACACAUCCAGUAACGAAAUGGUACCUAGGCAACAACUGUUUGCUCUUGAAUGGAAUGUCCAUGCACAGUGGGCGCAUGCGUGUUCCAGCCACUGGAUAUUACCACGUGUACAGUAUGUUGGAUAUUAGUUACCACUACGAGAAAGACAACUCCAGACAAUCAGUCGCCCCGACUGAGAAAUCCUCUCUAGUUCACUCUAUCUUCCUCUCAAAUAUCGAUAACAACGAAGAAAUUGAGGUGCUGAGUACCUGUCAUCCCUAUGAAUUCUCCAGGAACGACAUAUUCGGUCGAUUUGACACCUAUCUGAGUUCGGACAUACAUUUAACAGCUGGAGACGAAGUUUAUGUCAAGGUUUCUAACAUCUCACAAGUCAACAGUCCACCUAAAAACAUUUUCGGAAUUUAUAUGAUAUAAAUUUUGAACAAGGUAUUAAUUGAAUCUGGAAUAAUUUUGAAUUCUGGAAAUUUAUGAGUAAAUACUAACCCAACUCAAUAGGAUAAUCCAUGAAUUCAAAAUUAUUCUUGAUUGAAAUAAUUCCUUGUUUUACAAGGUUGUGAGAAAGUCAGAGUUAAAGAGCUUUAAAAGAAUAAUGUUUAGGGGGAAAUCACUGAACCACUCGUUUUUGAAACUAAAUUAUUAUGAAAAGCUGAAAUAGUUUUCUUUUUCUUUUAAAAUAACCCAAAAGUAAGGGAAUUUUGAUUUUUUCCCGUUUAUAUAUUUUUCGUAUUCUCUCGGUUUAAAUUUCCCACAUAUAUUAACAUGCUGAGAUGUAGACAGAAUGCAUAAUACUAGCAAAAUAAUUUAUGAACUCAAUCAGCUUACAGGUGUAAAUAUAGUUUUUGUUAACAUUUAAUCAUUAUCAUUUCUAAUUUAACAUAAAAAAUAAUAUCAAAACCUAACACGUUUGUGGGGAUUUGAUAUACUUCUCAUUUUUUAGGGUAAAGACUACAUUCGUUCACUUACAGUGGCUUGUAAACUAUAAUCACUAACAUAGUACACUGAUGGGAACAUUCUCAACACCCUUAACAACAUAGCAACGUUUCAGUAAUUUAUAUAUAAAAUACUCAGAUAAAUCAUAUACGAUUUACAAACUGAUGUGUAUGCAUAUGACCAUUAUUAUGAAUAACACGAUUGUUAACAGUUUUGCAAAUUAAUUCAAUAAGUUGUACAAUCUGUUCUAAAAUAGCAAUUUUGAGUAUUGCAGUUAUCUUCCUUUGUCUACAAUGAUGGAUAGGUAAGAUGUUGUAAUGUUUAGUUCCCACUGCAAACAUGAAAGCAAUCUUUACCCUUUAGUGCACAUACGCACUAUAAUUAUAUAUAUAGUUUAACAUAUUUUUUCAAAUAAUAUACAGAUGUAUGUAUGCUUACGAAAGCUUUAAAUUGUGUUGUAAUUUUCAUUUUAGUUUUGAAUUUUGUUGUGGUUCUGAUUUAAUUAUUA